AUGGAAAAAAAAGAAUUUCGUGUGCUCAUUAAACACUGCUUUUUGAUGGGAAAAAAUACCGUCGAAGCAAAACAACUGUGGUUGGACGAUCAUUAUGGCACCUCUGCACCAGGCAAAUCAACAGUGAUCGACUGGUAUGCUGAUUUUAAACGCGGUCGUACGGACACCAACGAUGCACACCGCUCUGGUCGCCCAAAUGCGGCAGUUGUUCCCGAAAAAAUCAAGCAGGUCCAUAAAUUGGUUUUGGCCGACCGUAAAUUGAAGCUGGAUGAUAUUGCUGACAUCGUAAAGAUAUCAAAGGGAAGUGUUUUCACCAUUUUACACGACCAUUUGUCGAUGCGGAAGCUAUGUUCGAAGUGGGUGCCGCGUUUGCUGACUGUGGACCAAAAACAGCAACGUCUCGAUGAUUCCGAGAGCUGUUUGGCCAUGUUUCAGAAGAAUCGGAAGGAAGGAUGGACUGACUGUAUAGCCUUAGAAGGAAACUAUAUUGAUGAAUAA